CUUCCUUUCUCUCUCUAUGAAUAUGAUCGUGCAACCCACUCUCUCUCUCUUACUCUUAUAUCAGACAAACUCAACUCAACUCGGAAUCUCCAUAACAUUACCAUUUUUCAUAGAUCUCAACAACAACACCCUUUUCCGUACAAUUAAUCUCCCAUCAAUGGAUCUUCAUACCCUUUUCCUUUUAAGGGAAGUUUAGCUUGACUACUCUUGUUGUUCUUGUUCUAUGUUUUUGUUUGAAGAUUUGAAGUGAUACCACCAAAAUAUGAAUCAAGGGUUUUGGGUGGCAAAGGGUAAUGAUGGAGAGAUGGCAUAUGAUGAUUCUUCGAGAAUCGAGUUGAAGAGAUCUCAACAACAAUGGUUCGUGGAAGGCCAUCCCGAGGUAGAGCUUGUUCCCAAUAAGAAACAAGCUAUAGAAGUUCCCAAUGGUGUUCAUCAUCCCUUUUCGGGGAUGUUAAACACAAGUGCUUGUGUUUCUCCUUGGAGUAGUACUCCUCCGGGUUUUCAUUCGUGGUUAUAUGAACCCGAGACAGCUAAGACUGUGGGGUUUGAUGGCUUGGGGAAAAUGAAUUUGGAGAGAAAAGUUGAGGAGGAUUCAUUUGGUAAUAAUGAUUCCUCGUUCGGUUUGUCAAUGCCUCAUGCCCUUGAUGAUCCUAGAUCGAGUGUUACUUAUGGAGGGUUAAGGAAAGUUAAAGUGAGUGAGGUUAAGGAUUCUGAGAAUCCUAUGUUUGUAUCGAUAGGACAAGCUUAUAGUAGGGACACUGAUAAUGAUAUCUUAUCAGAUAAUCGUUUUAUGUCAGCUGAUCAAACAUUCAACAAGGUUGAGGAAGAGAGUAGUAUAUCGACGAGUCAUGCUUUCAACUCGGGACAUUCCUUUAACAAUGGAGAGAGUACUAUCAUAUCAUUUGGAGGGUAUGAUGAUGAUAGACUGGUUUCGAGUUAUGAAUUGCUGAUGGCUCAAAAGAUGGAAGAAAUGAAUGAGAAAAAGAUUGCUAACUCAAAUGCUGAAGUACUCACUACUUCCCAUUUAACUAAUUCUGUUGCAGAAAGUGUAUCGAAAAAGAAAGAUGAUAACAAAUUCCUUAAGAAGACUCAACCGAACAAUUUCCCUUCAAAUGUUCGAAGUUUGCUAUCGACUGGUAUGCUGGAUGGAGUGCCUGUGAAGUAUGUUGCCUGGUCAAAGGAGGAGCUUCGUGGCGUUAUAAAAGGCGCUGGAUAUCUAUGUGGCUGUCAGUCAUGUAAUUUCACUAAGGUGAUCAAUGCAUAUGAAUUCGAACGUCAUGCUGAUUGCAAAACAAAACACCCGAAUAACCAUAUUUAUUUCGAGAAUGGUAAAACUGUCUAUGGGAUUGUUCAAGAACUCAGAAGUACACCUCAGAACAUGUUAUUUGAUGCCAUUCAAACCAUUACCGGUUCGCCUAUCAAUCAGAAGUCAUUUCGUCUUUGGAAAGAAUCCUUUUUGGCUGCAACUCGGGAACUUCAACGAAUUUAUGGCACCGAUGAGGGGAAGAAGCAAUUUUCUUGAGCAAGUUUUGCUUAAAUUGUAAGACAAGGGCAUGAUGAUGUCUUCUUUCCUUUUUCUUCUUUUGUGUAUAGAAGUUUUUUUUGGCUAUAAUUUGUUAUAACAUUUGUAUAAUGAAAUGGUAUAGUUCUUAGCUAAUAUUGAGGGAAUGAAAUUUAAAGCUUUCUCUUGUUU